ACACUACACAUUAACUUCCGGUCGUCAUGCGUGUCGUUAGAUGAUCGGUGUUUUCACACAAGCAAAUUAGUUUGACGCUAAGGUGUCCUCCAAUGUAAAACAGAGAAGAUCUUUCAGAGACCACUAGGACGGAUGCUACUUAAACCUAAGUCUAAAAUAAUUCCGUUAUGCAAAAAAAUUGUUGGCAGUUCUGUGAUCUCAAGCAUCUUUUGUUCAUUUGUGUCUGCUUCUUACUAAUUUUUAUUGUGGGAACUUCAUCAGAUGAUACCGAUACAGCAGCGUGUAUUGGUGGUGAUAGAAAAAAUUGCAUACCAACCGACAAAGUUGGAUAUGAUUCUAUAAAAACACUCCAUAUGCAAAUUGACGAUGAUAGGAAUGGCAAAGUUGACUUUUCAGAAAGUGAUGAGUUUAUUCGGGACGAAUUAAAAUAUGAAGAUGGCUUCCAUCGUCAUAAUAACUUUCACAAUAACGAUGCUCAGAUUAGUGUUGAGGAAUUAUGGAAAUCGUGGACAAGUAGCGACGUUUAUAACUGGACUGUUGAUGAUGUGCUAGAUUGGUUGGUAAAUGAUGUACAGCUAGGACAGUACUCUGAACAAUUUCGAAUAAACGCAGUGGAUGGAAAAACGUUACCACGAUUAGCUUCCACUUCAACUUAUGUAACGAAAAUCUUAGGAAUAAAAAAUGCUGUUCAUAGCAAAAAAUUAACUGUUAAAGCCAUGGAUGUUGUAUUAUUUGGAUCUUCUAAUAGGAGACACAAUUACGUUAAGGAUGCUAUAUUAGUAACUAGUUUAUUGGUUGCAAUUGGAGGCUGUUGGCUAGCUUACUUACAACACAAAUAUUCUCAAGUUAAAGUAAGAAAAGUGCUAGAAGAAUUAAACUCCCUACAAGAAGCUGAAGAUAAAUAUAAAGAAAUGAAAGAAAAGUUAAAACAAGCUGAAGUUGAACAAACAAAUGUUAAAGAAGAGAAGGAAAGCUUAGAAACAAAAUUAAAAACAGAAGUGGAAUCAUAUAAACGGGAGGCAAACAGACUACGAGAACAACGAGAAACAACACAAGAAGAAAUUUGUCGUUUAAAAUUGGCAGAGGAAGAGUUAGAACAGGUUAGGAACGCAUUAAGGAAUGCUGAAAGGGAAGUUGAAGAGUUAUGCUCAUCGCCGGUCUCUUAUUCUGCUGAAUUACAAUAUCUACUUCAACUUACAUAUGAAAAUGAAAUGCUCAUAUGUCAACAAAAAAGGGAAGCAGCAGAAAAAAGAUUAUAUGAAGUGAAAGAGAUGUUUGAGAAAAUGACAAAGAAGAAGGGUGCUUUUAGUUCCUUGAAGAUAGCACAUUCUAAUUAUUUGGAUAAUACUAAGUUAAAUAUAGAAAGUGCUAAGAAUUCAAUAGACAUUACGAAUAGAGAAAUGCAGGAAUCUAGUUAUAGAUGGUUACAAAUUGAAAAAUUCUGUGGAUUCUCUAUAAGAAGAAACAAAGGAAGAUUUUUUCUUCAAAACCAUCUUUAUACUAAACAUGGAUUUCCAUAUGCUGACUCUAAAAAUACUGGUAGUUCGCUAACCUUUUCUGACUCGCCAGAGGACGAGAUACCUCCAACAGAGCAUCUCGUUUAUCCGAAACUCAUGCAAGCCGGUCUUCAGUUAACUGCUGUAGGAUUAAAUCAUAAUUAUUGUAAAAUUCAUUCAGCAUGCCAAAAUGUGAAGCGCAUUGCCAGUAGUAAAAACAUGUUACCGUUAGGUGAACAGCACAUCCUUGUCAGAUCGCAUACUGUACCUCCUGGAGCACUUCUCGAUAAUAGUGAUACAGAAUCAAUUCCAGAGUCGAAGAGUUUGGAUAGCAAUCAGGUGCUAUUCGAUCUCGGCUUUUCAGACGAAUCCCCGGACGAUCCUCGCUUCAGGACGAGCUCGUUCAAAUCGAAUUCAGUAGCACAUAAACCCACCAAUUUCUCUAAAACAAAUAAGAAAUCUUCCGGAGAUAGCCUACAGAAACGCGAGUCUAGCGACGUAGAAUCAAACGGUUCGCUGGCGAACGAUGAAAAAAACAAGAAAAAAAGUGGUCUAAAACUGUUUAAAAUUGGCAAGCAAAAAGUUACUUGA